AUGGCCUUCGUCUUGGCAAGGCUACAGUACCAGGUCUGGCAUCUGAAGCACCCGGAUGUGCCUGAACCAAAGGGCCGUGGCAAAGGAAGGACAUCUGAUGCGCCGAAAGAAAGCAAAAGCUCGAAGAAAUCGUCUCUGGAGGCAAAGUCAUCUGCAGCUGGAAAGGAAAAUCAGGAUCCAGGAGCCACAAAGAAGCCGGGUCGGCCGAAGAGGACCAAGGAGGAGCAGCAGGACCCGUCAACGCUGCACAAAUUCUUCGCGGCGCAGUCCGACAAGGCUGCAGCUCCCGAAGAGGCCAAGGUGGAGAGCCAAGGGAAGAAGUCCCGAGGGCAGAAGGACUUGCUGGCUUGGAUGGGUAUCCGUCAGAGCGACUCUCCUCCCGCGAAGCGGGUGCGAGUUGAUGCAGCUCAGAGGCAGACGGCAGAGUACAUGAUUGCAUAUGAUUGCGAAUUGCUUUUGGGGAUGAGCCGAGUUAUGAUGCUUCUGGCUACACUGUCGGUGGUCUGGGCAGAUCCCGAGCAGCAGGCACUGAACCUGGAUGAUGCCUGUAACAGCGACGAGUCGGAAGGCAGCUGCGACCUCACCCUGACGCAGCUGCGAGGAUUACCCAGGAGAGCCGGCGAAGACAAUAGCUCCGAGGCCAUGACUGAGGUGUCCUCAGGGCGGUCCCAGGUCUCCAGGCGAUUGCGGAUAGUGAACGGCUGCAACAGCCAGCCGAUGUGGAUCGCCCACAUAGCAGGGGCUUCGAUGGGCCCUGACCCGCAGAAUGUCAGGAUAAAUCCUGGAAGCUUCUACGACUUCGAAACUCCUAGUCAUCUCUCUGCGAUGCGAUACUGGCCGAAAAUGGGUUGCGAUGAGUCUGGCCACAACUGUAAGAUUGGAAGCAGUGGUGGUCCGGGACAGAGCUGCCAGUGGAAUCCGGCGACGGGCCAGGAGGACUACAGCAGAUGCCAUCCGCCCGUGGACACCAAGUUCGAAGCGAGCUACGGUGAGAACGGCGCACCUUGCAACCCCAAGACGCCGGGAGGUGUCGAAAUGAAGGGCUGUGACUACGUGGACCUCAGCUUGGUCGAUGGAUGGACGCUGCCUGUAAAGCUUGAGGCCAGCGGCGACUGCCGAACAAACAAGGACGAGAAGGUAGAGGUUCUGGACUGCGCCGCCUUGUCGCUGGAUGCCUGCCCCACUGCCGAGCACCUGACAGCAGCUGGCGUCACUGCAGACCUUCGAGCGAUCAACCCGGUCACCCAUCAAGUGUCAGGCUGCUACAGCCCAUGUGCCAAGCUCCUGGACACCAAGUGGAGCAACAAGGAGCUUGCCCAGGGGCGGCAGCCAGAAUCCGCUGAGGUCUCGCCUUACUGCUGCCCGACACCGCCGCAGACCCCAGAGUCGUGCCGGGCCGGGCCGAUCACACACACCGACUUCCUGAAGACGGUGCAUCAGAAGUGCCCCGGAGUCUACGGCUACGCCUACGACGAUGGCACCGGCCUAAUGCGAUGCAGUUCCGCUACCCACUACACCGCAGCUCGGCACGACGCGACUUUGAGUCGUCUUAGAUAG